AUGGCUCGUUGCCAACAACGAAAGUGCAUCUCAGGGCUAUCACAGUUAUGCGGUAUUGGAAAUGAAGUCAACUGCACAAGCUCAAUUAGUUGUGUACAAUGCAAUGACACUGAACAAGAGACGCAUUGCAAAUCAUUUAAACGUGGAAUCGACGAAAAAGUUGCAUUUGGUCUAUUACUUGUCUCUGCAUCACUUCGUUUCAUUUCUUGCAGCCUUUCUGUCGUCGUUGAUUGGUUUUUCACCAUCAAAAAGUGUUGCUCUGAAAGUUCGAGACCGCACUUUGUGACCAUUGUUACAUUGGAAUCCAUUGCAGCCUUCAUGGAUCUUGCCACAGCCAUAAUCUACGCUGUUUAUAACGAAGACAAAAAAUUGGAAGAUAUUCCUCACAUAGGUUCUCUGUGUGCAAGAUUUGGAGGCGCAUUCGGUGCGACAUGUGCUAGAGUAUUCUGGCUGAUUCUACCAUGGAUUCUAUUUGCAAAAUCAUGGUAUAACGGCACCAUUGACAGAGCGGAUAAAGAAACAAAAGAACAAGAUGAAAAUGAAAACGCUAAUCUAGCCUAGUAGAUACACGUAUCAUUUAAUGAACCUUCAUGUCAAUACAGCUUCAAUCGUUGACAUUUGUCUCGACAGGAAUGACUAACUUUUUAGCAAGUUUCAAAAUAAACUGAAAAUAAAUAAAACGGAAGUUUCUAA